AUAAUAAACUAUUAACAGUUAUAACAAGUGUACAACCAGCUAGCUACGUGUGCUCACCUACUGUGCAGAAUUGUGUGUUGUGCAUGAGAGCCUUGUAUCUAGAUACUAUAGCCUCAACUAUACAGUUACUAUAGAGCUGCACACACGACAUGAAUCAAGAGUCUAUUGCUAUUAAGUACAGAUAACUAGGUCUCCCAAAGAUGAUGAAUUGUUGAGACUGUGUGUUGUGGUUAAAUUCCAAGGCCUAGUGGCUGACGUAUACAGAUAUGAAGCUAUCAGAGAUAUUGCAAGCGUUUCAUGGCCUCGAGGCGUGCGAUCGUGUGGACCUCAUCUGUCGAAUGCUACGUCACUGUCUGGCAUUUGAAUCUCGAUUCCUCGGUACCGUAUUAUUAGACGCCUCUAAAGAGCAUUACAAAUCGCAAGUGAAUAAAAUUGAGAUACAUGCCAACAGAGUGAGCUACUACAAGCCCUUCCAAGAGUCAGGCCUCUCUCACCAAGUAUGUCUCAAACUGUGCAGUUCUCUGUCUGUUGUGCAUUCGGAUAAUCGACCUGUGGCUGAGGUCGUAUUCCAACUACUCAACGAUAAGAAAGUGCUGACGUUUUUUGAGGAUUGCAAUGAGCUCAAAGUGCUGAAGGAUUUCCGCCUCCUCUAUGUGAUGGCUGUGAAUCACCCUGCUCUCUCUUUCAACCAGCGUCAGCUACUCAUGUACACAUAUACCUGCAACGAAUGGACCUGCUCUUUAUAGAGAAGUCAAAGUACUCCUUCUCUGGAAGCUUCUCAGUAUCUGUGGAGUGGCCCAGUUCAUGCACGUGCUGAGACAGAGGAUCCAGCUGGGGGCCACUGAGUCCAUCUACCUCAUGGUCAAUGGCCUCACUCCCACCACCAGCUCGAGCAUGUCUGUGAUCUACCAGGAGCACAAGGGUGAGGACGGGUUCGUGUACAUGGCCUACAGUGGAGAGAACAGUAUGGGCUGAACUCAAGAGACACUAUGAACUUGUUCCCCCUAACCCUGUGUGUGUGUGUGUGUGUGUCCACCUAUUACAUGUACAAUGUGCACUGCUUAUACUGACAAGAGUUGUUAUAACAUAAUUAUUUAGUCUGUACAUUUGUCCAUGCAUU